UCCUCCCUCUAACCCAAUUCAAAGCACCUCAAACUACUACUCCCAAAACACCACUCCCCUGCCCCCCCUACCGUUUCUCCAUUCACACCCACCACAAAGCUUAAUUAAUUCCCCAGAGCUUUUCAAACGCUGGGAAGGGAGAUUAAAAAAUUUUAAAGAAAAAGGAAAAGAAAAAGAAAAGAAAAAAUCUGAGCUUCUUGUAAUAUAAUCGGUUGUUGAAAAUAGAGGAGGGGCCAUGGCUUGUGGCGCAGCCAUUUCGCAUUCAGCAGCAGCAGCAGCAGCAGCAGCAGCGGUUAACCCUGUACGCCUUAAGAAUCGCAAAUCGAGCCUUGCGGGGCUCGAUCGGUUUAGACCCGCGAACCUUCCCGUGAGGCCCAUCGGCCUCCCCGCCACCGGCAGCAGCAGCAGCUCCCUGCAGAGCGCUUCUUCCCCGCGGUGCGUUCUGAACCUGCCCGCGACCACCACCCACUCCUCCCCCGCGAAUUACCCGCCGCCGCCGCCGCCUUUCGUCAAGGUCGGCGAGGCGGCGUCUUCUACCGUGUCGAUCCCGAGGCCGGCCGGGAAGGCCCGCCGCGAUGGAGGCGUCCGGCCGGCCGCAUUGGACGCGGUGGAGGACGGAGUCAUUGCGAGCGUUCUGGAGCGGCCGCACCCGCUGCCGCGGACGGCCGAUCCGGCGGUCCAGAUCGCCGGCAACUUCGCGCCCGUCGGGGAGCAGGCGCCGCGCCACGAGCUCCCGGUGAGCGGGCGGAUCCCGCCGUUCAUCAACGGCGUGUACGUGCGGAACGGGGCCAACCCCCACUUCGCCCCCGUGGCCGGGCACCACCUGUUCGACGGCGACGGCAUGGUCCACGCCGUGCGCCUCCGCAACGGCGGCGCGUCCUACGCGUGCCGGUUCACGCAGACGGAGCGGCUCCGGCAGGAGCGCGCCGUCGGGCGGCCCCUGUUCCCGAAGGCCAUCGGCGAGCUGCACGGCCACUCCGGGAUCGCCCGCCUGCUCCUCUUCUGCGCCCGGGGGCUCUGCGGGAUCGUGGACCCCUCCCGCGGCAUCGGCGUCGCCAACGCCGGGCUCGUCUACUUCGAUGGCCGCCUCCUGGCCAUGUCGGAGGACGACCUCCCCUACCACGUGAGAAUUACGGCCGCCGGCGAUCUGGAGACCGUGGGGAGGUACGACUUCGGCGGGCGGCUGGGCAGCUCGAUGAUCGCGCACCCGAAGAUCGACCCGGCGAGCAAGGAGCUGUUCGCGCUGAGCUACGACGUGAUCCAGAAGCCGUACCUCCGGUACUUCCGGGUGUCGCCGGACGGGCGCAAGUCGGACGACGUGGAGAUCCCCCUCGAGCAGCCGACGAUGAUGCACGACUUCGCCAUCACGGAGCGCUUCGUCGUCGUGCCCGACCAGCAGGUGGUGUUCAAGCUCCAGGAGAUGAUCCGCGGCGGCUCUCCGGUGGUCUACGACCGCGAGAAGGCCUCCCGGUUCGGGAUCCUGCCCAAGUACGCCUCGGACGCGUCGGAGCUCAGGUGGGUGGAGGUCCCGGACUGCUUCUGCUUCCACCUCUGGAACGCGUGGGAGGAGCCGGAGACCGGCGAGGUGGUCGUGAUCGGCUCCUGCAUGACGCCGCCCGACUCCGUGUUCAACGAGAGCGACGAGAGCUUGAAGAGCGUGCUCUCGGAAAUCCGGCUCGACCCCCGGACCGGCAAGUCGACGCGGCGGGCGAUCCUCGACCCGGCCGACCAAUUGAACCUGGAGGCCGGAAUGGUGAACCGGAACAAGCUCGGCCGGAAGACCCAGUACGCCUACCUGGCGAUCGCCGAGCCGUGGCCCAAGGUGUCGGGCUUCGCCAAGGUCGACCUCUUCACCGGAGAGCUCACCAAGUUCACCUACGGCGACGGCCGAUACGGCGGCGAGCCCUACUUCGUGCCGCGGGACCCCGCCGCGCCGCGGGAGGACGAGGGCUACGUGCUCUCCUUCGUGCACGACGAGGCCGCCUCCCAGUCCGAGCUGCUCAUAGUCAACGCCGCCGACAUGAGGCUGGAGGCCACCGUUAAACUCCCCUCCCGUGUUCCCUACGGCUUCCACGGCACGUUUAUUAAUGCCGAGGAUUUGGAGUCCCAGGCUUAGUUUUUACAGCAGCAGCAGCCGCCGCGGCGGCGGAGGCGGCGGUAAAAAUUUUUUUUUUUCUUUCUUUCUUCCUAUCUUUCUGGAGAGGAGGAUUUACCUGAGGGAGCUUUGAUAGAGGUCCCCGGAAAUCUCCCCUACAUUUUAGUUUUUACUUUUUUUUUCUUUUUUAGAUUUUUUUACAUAAGGAGAGAAAAAGAGGGAGCAGAGGAGAGACCAGCUCGUAGCGUUUGGGUAGUAGUUUAGCGUGCGCAGAGCUCAGCUGGUUUCUGUUUUUCUCUUCCUUUUCUUUUUUUUCUUCCCGUGGCUCCGGAUAGUGAUAUAGAUGAUGGUGAUGAUAGGAUUAGUGUUUGAGCCUAAUAAUUUCCCCGGAUACUAGACGACGGGGUACUGUGUUUUAUCAUGUCCGUGUGUUUUCAUGUGCAGCAGGGGACCGUCCCUGAGCUUCUUACUGUUUGUGAAUAUUGUUCAGAAUAUAUAUAUGAUCAUAUACAUAUAUAUCUGUAUCGCUUUGUACAGUUCGAUCUUUCUCUCUCUGAGUAAAAUUCUCCUCAAUCAACAUUGCGAUA